AUGAAUAUGUCAGAUCCACCAGUCGUCACCCUCCUCAAAGACCUCAUCCAGAUCCCCAGCACCAGCGAACAUGAACAAGACAUCACCCGCUGGCUCGACACCCACCUCUCCCGCCUCGGCUACACCGUCGAACGCCUCCCCAUCGCCCCAGCCUCCCCCCGCGAGAACAUCGUCGCGUAUCUUGGCUCCCAGCGCCGCGUGAGAGUCUGCCUCUCCUCACACACCGACACCGUCCCGCCGCACCUCCCGCUGCGCGUCGAGGGGUCGACCAUCUACGGCCGCGGGGCGUGCGACGACAAGGGCUCGCUGGCGGCGCAGAUCUGUGCGCUUGAGGAGCUGCGCGCGGAGGGCGCGGUCCGGGAAGGGGACGUGGGGCUGUUGUUUGUGGUUGGGGAGGAGAAGGGCGGGGCGGGGAUGUAUGCGGCGAACGAGCAUGAUCUCGUCUUUGAGGGGGUGGUGUUUGGGGAGCCGACCGAGGGGAAGCUUGUGGUUGGACAUAAGGGGCAUUUGGUGUUUGAGCUGGUUGGCGAGGGGCAGGCGUGUCACUCCGGGUAUCCCCAGCACGGCAUCAAUGCGAAUACGGCCCUGGUCCAAGCCCUCGGGGACUUUCUGUCGACUGAAUUCCCUGCAUCGCCGCUGCUGGGCCCCGCGACGUUCAACAUCGGCAAGAUGGAGGGCGGCGUGAACUACAAUGUCGUUCCGGGGACGAGCUCCGCGCUUUGUGCGGUGCGCGUCGCGACGGAUAUGGCGGAGUGUAAGAGGAUCGUGUCCGAGGUGGCGGCUAGACAUCCGCAUGUCAGCCUGGAAUUCAAGUUCGACUAUCCGGAGACACUCCUGGAUCAUGAUGUUGAUGGUUGGUUUUUUGCGCGCCUCUCCGAUGUGGAUGGCUACUAA